AAAUAAUAUAAAUGACUGUCAAAUGACUGAUUGAUGUUAGAUAAUUUACCAGUAGAUGUUUUAUUUUAAUUACCUUUAUCUAGAUAAACAAAUUUAAUUAAAAAAAACUAUCAAGUUUACCUACUUUUGUUGUAAUCGAUGACAGAAGAGAAAGGAGAAAAGGGAGAAGAUGAAGAUACCAUCGGCAUUUACGUAGGCGGUAGAAAUGCAGACGGUGAGCGGCACGGUGAAGGUUGGGCUGUGCUGCCGAAUGGAGACUUCUACCAGGGCUGCUACUGCCGAGGACUCAGAAACGGGAAGGGAUUGUACGUCUUCAAGAACGGGGCACGAUAUGAAGGAGAAUGGCGACGUGCAAUGAAAUACGGCACUGGCAACAUGCUUUAUCCAGACGGCUCGCGAUACGAAGGCGAUUGGAGACAUGACCAAAAGCAGGGCUUUGGAGCUUACUACUACCCAAAUGGUGACAUUUAUGAAGGUGCAUGGUUCAAGGGCAAGAGACAUGGGCUCGGCACGUAUUUUUACGCAGAAUACCAGGUCAAAUUUAUGGGGACAUGGGUGGACGGAGUUAUCGAGGGACCCGGGCAAAUUAUAUAUCCCCGCGUGCGCUUCCACGGUUCCUGGCUGAAAGGCAAACCAAGAGGACCUGGAUGCUUUGUAUUCGAUACGAACUGCAUGCAACAUGGUUUCUACUUGCUAACAAAUGACCCUGCGUUAGAGGAGUAUGGAGAAGGUGAGGAGGAAAGAGAGGACAAGGAGAUUAAAGAGGAGAGAUUAGAGGAAGAAGAUGAAGUAGAGAUUGAUGAAACAUAUGGUAAAGUCGCGGUGUGGCGUGCUCGUAAUGUGACUGCAUACAUGGCGGAAUUCCUGCCACCGGAACCAGUGCCGCUGCCUGUCCACGACUCUGUACCAUCACUCACCGAUGAAAGUUUUGAAUGUGAGGUUGUCCACUUUGAACCUCCUUCGGUCGCGGUCGAAGAGGAAGGCGCUGACGACAACGACUCGUGGCUACUGCACCGCCAGAAGUUCCUAGAGGAGACUGAACAGCAAAAAGAGGAAGAUUGAUUGUGGAAUAAAGACUGCUAAGAUCUUUAAUAGGAUUUUAAUGU